AUGUGUCAUUAGUGUCAUAGAGUUUGAUACGCACUAUUACGGCAGAACUAAGUUAGUUGGUAUAAUAAGAAAAAAAGAUAGAUGAAAUUAUUGCACAUUUAUAAUAAUGGCUAAUUCAAUCGUUAAUUCAAAUACAGAACUUCGGAAGUUACAACCAACACAUAAAUAUACGCUUGCAAAAAUACUAAAUGUUUCUGACUCAUGGAAACAAUUAAUGGCAAUUAUUCCACAAGAUGAUACCAAUACACCAAGGUUUAAUAGUGAACAUAUUAGCAUAAUUGAUCAAGUAGUAGAAAAACAUCGAGAAAAUGGUGCUAAAAUUUUAUUGGAAGAAUGGAGUACAAUGGGUAGAUUAAGACCUACGUUGGGAAUAUUACUCAAUCUCCUUAUUAAAGCAGAAUUGUUUAGAGCCGCUGAUUAUGUUGCUGGUGAAAUUUUAAAAGUUGAUUUACCAAAGCGACCAGAGUACGGACCUGCUGCAAUUAUUGAUAUUUCAGAUAAUACUUUAGCAAAACUUAUGCAUGACAAAAAUCAAUUAGAUAACAAUGAAGAUGGUAAAUUGUCGCAGACGCUUGAAUCGUUGUCAUCGUCAUCAUACAGAGUCGACGUCGGAGAGAUUAUAUAUUUUUCAAAUGCUGUGGAUCUUAUGGAUCCUUGUUUAAUGAGAAAUAAUACAGAAAGUAUCAAAACUUUGGGAGAAUAUAACGCCAAAAAAGAUGAUAUAAAUUUGAGCGCUAGCGAUAUUCUUAUAUCGUCUGUUCAUAAUGUUAAUAAAGAUUUAGAAGUAUCAUCUAAGGAAUUACCAUUGCUUUUACAAAAUUUUGGUCAAAACGAAAAUGUUAAUGAAAGUGUUCAAUCGCAUGAAAUCCCUGUUUUUGUAAAUGGAAGUGCCUUUGUAUCAGACAAAUCUGUAAUUAACAGUGAUGAUAAUAGGACAAAUAUAACAAAUAUGGAUAACAAAAGUAGUUCAACCAGUUACAGUUCUGGUUUGACAAAUAGAAAAGAUCGGGAAGGUGGUAUGAAUUGUCAAUUUCAAUCUGAGGUAAUGUCCUCUUUGUUACCACAAUUUGUAAAUGAUCGGGCAAAGAGCAAUGCUUUAAAAGAAACGUAUAACACAUAUAUUACAAAUCAGAAUACAAUGAACUCUGAAGAUCUGCCGCUUACAGUACUGGAGUACAACAGAUAAUAAUUUUGGAUUUAUUUCAAAUGUCGAUUAUAUAUUGCAAUAUGUAUAUUGAUAUAUAUAUAUAUAUAUGUAUAUUCAUUUUAAUGCUUUCAGACUUAUGAAAUGGGUAUUUAAUUGAAUCAGUUUAGAAUAAAAAGGUAUUUAAUUUAUUGCAUUAAAAAGUUUCUCGCUGUUCAUUCAUAAGAUUAAUAGUUUUAUCAAGAAUUAUUGUUUUUUUAUUUUUAAUAAUAUAUUCGCGUUAA